GACUGCAGAAGCCAGCGGGAAUGACUGGGAACUAGGUCGAAGAUUUUUUCUCUCUGAACAGCAUUUUGCCUGCAUAUUACUAUAACAUUGUAUGACGAAUAUUAUAGAUAUUGGCAUUUGAAAUAGAAAAGAAAUAUAAUGCAACAAGUUCUAUUCGCAAAAAUAACAUUUGAGCUGUUUUAAUGUCUUUAUAUUGGUAUCGGUUUAGUUACAUUACCAUAUAUUAAAAAAACUUAAAGAUUUAAAUACACAGAGAAGUAUGUAUCUAAAGCCUAAUUGUCGAAUCAUGACCUUCAACUUUACAAGUUUAUGCAUAACUUAAACGGUCUCAGAUAUGUAUAUUGAAAUCACACACACGUUAUUUCGGUUUGGUUAACUGUUUGUUGAAUAUUCAAUAAAAUGAGGAAACUAGGGAUGGCUGAUAGGUAUUUUUGUGACAAUUCAAAGUAAUUGUUUUCAUGAUGAUAAUUUCACUCCUAAUAUAUUGGCCUUCUGAAUCAGGUAAAGACAGCAAUUAUUAUACUUUUCUUCAUUAUGAAAAUGAGAGUAACAUAAAUAAUCAAGAAAAACAGUAUGAUCUACGCGUCAUUGUUAUUGUUUAUGACAGGGCGCAUUCACUUCACAGAUUACUAAGAUCUCUAAAUGAUGCAGAAUAUUUUUCUGAUUUAAUCAAAGUUGAAGUUUGGAUUGACAGAUCUGAAAACGGCAACAUCAACGAAGCUAUUUUAAAUACAGCGAGGGACUACGUGUUUAAGCACGGAGUCUACGACGUUAAUUUGUAUCCAUAUCACGUUGGAAUCUACGGACAAAGGUUUACAAGUUAUAAACCAAACUUGAAUUCAUCAGAAAUUGCUGUAAUUUUAGAAGAUGAUUUAACUGUUUCUAAAUACUUCUGGAAAUGUUUAAAACUCGUUCAUCAGACUUAUGAUAAUUACACAUAUAUUAAUGGCUAUGCUUUGCAAGGUAUUACAACAACUUUUGGUGUUAAAAAUACGCACACACUUCAAGGACCUACUUCGGAUUAUGCUUUUCUUUUCCCAGUUAUUAGUACUUGGGGAUUUUCACCUAACAAAAAAAAAUGGAAAAUUUUUUUCGACUGGUAUAUCUUUGGAGAUGCCCGAUCAACAAUGCCUUAUAUUCCUGGACACCUUGCAACAGUUUGGUUUAAAGGACUUAGUAAGAAAGGAAGAUCCAAUACGAUGUGGGAAAUUUGGCAUAUAUAUUAUGCUUCGAAGCAUAAGGAAUACACACUUUAUUAUCACACAGGGUUAACAACUAAUUGGAUGGAAAAGGGCUUACAUUAUACCACAAGUUUAGGAGCUUCAAGCCCUCUACUGACAGUGUGGAAGAAAGAAUAUGAAAGCUUUCCAAAGAAACCAAUAUACGUAGAUAUUUCUGGAAAAGUAAUUGAGACUAGAAAAUCUUCUUGAUAAGCUUGAAAACGAUUCAUCGUGUUGUGAUAGUGUAACUGGUUUGAAAAUCAUGACUAUGUCUUACAAACACAAAUCCAUCUUUUUGGUAAACAUUAAAACCACUUAUUAGUACAAUGUUGAGCUUGAUUUUCCGGCCAAAAUGUGGUGCAGACAAAUUUCACUCGGCAAUCAAACAAUACAUUUCUUCUCUAGUAUAUAAAGAAACAUCCAUUAACUAUAUUUAAUAAAACAAAAGUAGGUAAGUAAUUAAACUAAUAAAACAAUACUGUAAGGAAAUUUCAUUUUCAUUUAUAUAUAGAUUAAGAUUGUUUACAGGUUUUACAGGUAAACGCUCGUGAUGUUUUUUACUUUCUCUGUUUCAGAGGCUUGACCCAAGUCAAAUAUGCGGAAUAUAUUCACUGCAAACUUUAGAUAAUAGUCCAAUGCUUCUAAUCCUCGUUGAAACUAUAGAAAAAAGAUUGAAUUAUUUAGUAGAUAUUACAUUUAAUGAACACUUUCAUGUAUUUGCAUUAUUUUGUACUUCUUUUAAAUGACAUAGGUAUUUUUAUAAAACCAUUAUCUUAAGUUUAUAGCAGAAAACAUAAUAUUUGUGAAGUUCAGAAAUGCAAAGGACAAAAAACAUGUGUGCCAAACUCGUUUUAAGACUCAGCAAGUACGACAGUUCAAAACAAGCUUUGUUCCGACUACAUUGGCUUCCUAUCAAAGCUAGAACUGAUUUUAAGAUUUUAACUGUCAUGUUGAAAUGUUCAGUCGGCUAAGCUUUAUCUUACUUGAUUGAAUUAUUAUCGGAACGAGCACAAAGACGUAGUUUAAGGUCUUCAGACUCUGUCACAGGUUGUUAAGAGGUACCAUUUAACAAACGUAAAACAUUUAGUGAUAGAAGUUUGCAAACUGUAGGGCCGAAACUAUAGAACAAACUACCAGCAGACGUGAGAAAUUCUGAUUCAGUUGACACGUUUAAGAAAAUGCUCGAAACACUUUUUAGAAGCUUUGAAGUAUGGUUUUGAUUUUUUCUCUGUUGAUGGACUGAAUAUGAUAGAAACGCUGAAUAUAAUCUACUAUGUGGUGUGAUCGACGUAUGUUUAAUACAAAAUGUUGUAAUUUGCACUGUAUAAUAAUUUUGUCAAAUAUGUCGUGUAUACCAUUCUGUAUAUAUUUUAUCAUUUUUCUUUUAAUUUAAUAUACAACGCCAGGGAAUAUACUAUGUGUAAAAUUAGGCGUUUAAUCAAAUAAUUUAGAAGCAGUUUCAUUUAUUUUUUUUUCAGCUUUUUUUUGUAGAGUGUGUUCGCUGUCAUUUUGUUUGUUUAUUUCUUCAGCCAAUAAUGAUUGUGUAAGGAAUGAUGAGCUUCUGCUUUUUAUAGUUAUUUUCUAACAAUUGAUCAGGAGCACGAUUAUGAAUUGUAAAAUGAGCUAUAAAAGAUAUAUAUAUGUAAAGAAU